AUGCCGAGUGAUACGAUGGAUGUUGUGGACCAGAGGCAGCGGCAACGGAGAGAUAAAGACGUACAAGAUAGACGUCUACCUCAAAUAGGUGACGAAGUGAUUGAAAUAGCUUCCGAAGAUGAAGGGGACAACACUGGGCCACUAGAUAAUCAAGGCGAGGAAAUAGUAAUUAGUGAUGAGGACUACACCAAUAAUGAUAACGACCAUAAUGACACUGACAAUAACGAAGCUGGUGGUAAUGAAGAAGAGGACGAUGAUGAUAUACAAAUCACACAAAUAAACCAUAUAUCAGAUGAGGCACUGAUACGACGCAGAAGAAACUCUGAUCUGAACCUUCAACGAAGACUAAGGAGAAGGAUUGUUCCCGAUGGCAAUUACGAGGACGGAGACGACAGUGUUCAAUUUGUUAAUGAAACUCUUUCAAAUUUGAAUAGUGAAGAAUUCUUGCAAUCUUUAGAUAAUCAUCGUCUCGACCUAUUAAGACAGCUAAACGCACAAUUGGAUGGCGCCGCUAGGUCCAGUGGUGACACUCGAACAGGUUCAAACUACAUUACUAAUAUUUUUGAAGAAAUCAGAAGGCUAUCACAACAGCGUUUGAAUAACACUUAUGAGCAGAACCAAGGAUCUCCUAGACGCAGAUUGAGAUCGGGUCCAAGAACAGGACCUCCGCUCUAUCAGGGUUUUGAAAAUUUUGAACAGUUGGAAGGGCCUUUUCACUUGUUUGGUAACAUCUUGUCUCAUGAUCACCUGCCUCCGCAUUACAGUGAGAAUGACGUUGAAAGGUCUAUUAUGGCGAGGAUAGAAAGAGACAAUGAUAAUGCAAUAGACUCAAGGUUGGCGAGUGAAAAUAUCUUCAAUAGGAAACUUUUGGUCGAAAAGAGGGAUCUAGUGAAACAUGAACAUCCUGGAUAUUCUAAUGAUAUAAGGAAAGAUUCCGAUUUAUGUUGCGAACUCUGUGGUUCCACUUUGGGCUUGGGUAUACCCGAAGACUUUGUCCCCGAUAGAAGAUAUAAUGAUAAUUUAGAAUUCUAUGCGAAAGAAUAUAGAGUCCAGGCACCCUGGUUCUGUAACCAACUUAUGACGGCUACUGACAAGGCACUUUCUAAACGAGUUUUCGCUGCAAAAUGCGGUCAUGUAUUUUGCGGUAGGUGUGUUAAAAACAUCGGUAAUAGAUCAGGAAGGACGAAAAACCAUGUCAAGACCUUAACCAUUGAUAAUCCUGUUCUAUACGCUCCUAGAAAAUGUCCGGCGAUAGAGUGCGGUAAGCAUUUUACAUCGAAGGGUUUCACAGAGUUGUAUUUUUAG